CUGAUUCUGCCACUACAGGGAAAAUAGUCUCAACCUAUUCGGUGAGACAGAAUCUCACAUGCUCCAACAUUCAUUCAAAAUAAGUGAAUUGUCGAAUCUCUCAGUGUUGCGCUGAGGAGGAGUCAACUUCAGCUUAUAUAUUCUGCAAAUUCAGUUUCUCUCAACUCUCUUUUCCUUUUCCUUUUCCUUUUCCUUUUCCUUUCCUUUUUGAAUCAAGAUCGACUGCAACUUUCCACGAAACCGAGACUCAGCGACGACACUUCAAAAAAUUUCCUAUUCUACUUAGCUACGACUUUGGCUGCAAGUAAGGCCCAUAGAUUGGCCCAGGACUGCUGAUCGAUCGAUAAUUCAUCAACAAAGUUAUUCAAAUUACUCAACUCCGCCACAUAUUCUUCUAUUCUCAACGCACAUCAAAAUGGAUUCUGCGACAUGUAUGCGCUUGGGCACUUGCUAUGGCCGAACAAUAUUCUGCAAGUUUGAGAGAAUACCUGAGGAAAAAGGUGGCGGUAGCCUCAUGACCUAUCACGGCGACACAUACUAGGGGCCAUUUGACAUAGGCAACCGCCCAAGCCGCACCACUGAUCGAAAAGGGACUUAACAGUCUUGUGGCAUCUGACCGCAUGAAUAGCUUUGGUGAUGCUUAUCAACAUGGGCUUGGUGCAUUGGGAUUGAGCGAAAAUGUGCCAAAGUUUUCACCAGUUCCUUCGAUCACACAGUGUGAUGAGCAUCAGUUAGAACAGACUGGCAGAUAUCGUUCCACAGUCUCAAAGGCAAAUCUGUCGGAUGUUCGCGACCCUGAUCCCAGUAUGAUUUCGGAAGAAGACUCAUCAGCGGUUACCGUUUCAAGGCUUUUGGGGCUCGAUCGAGUCGAUUGGAAAGGAAGAUUGUUCUGUCUCCCAGUAGUUCAACCCCAGUGCCCCAGCAAUGUGGUAAGUCUGGUCCCAAGCUUUGUGAUUGGCGACAUACUAUCAUGUUUGCAAAGCUCAAUAUGUUUUACGAUGACAAGAUCAACUAUGCCGCUCAUAGAUACCUCAAGGAAGCAAAGAAACAAGGACUCAUUCAACCUUAGACAUAUUCAAGCCAGAUAGUCUCCCAGAUAGUCCAAAGUCAAGUCUCGGCAAUGGAUGCUCGAAUGCUUAAGCGUUGCUCUUGUAGACUGAGCCAAGUCUGGCCAAAAGAUAACCAAAGUUCGGAAGCAGAGGUGAUAUUCUUGUGGACUGGACCAAGUCUGGGCCAAAAGAUAACCAAGGAAGGCGACGUUGACUGAUACCUUCAUGGAAUGGGUUGACUAUUGGGUUCAUAUAGCGACUAUUUCUUUUUAUUUUAUGAUUGAGGAAGGGUGAUAGAAGUUGAUUUGCACUGGUACCCGGGAAAUGGAGAGCGAUAGGUCAGUGGCCAAGUUCUGGUCAUUCGAUAUUUAUAAUGGUGUGCCGACAGUUGGCAUUACAGGGUGAAUUAAUUAAUUCUCUUUCAUUGGGGCGGAUAAAUCAUUGGCGCGGGCCAGUUUCGAUAGUUAACUUCAUGCGAUCUCAUUUUCUUCUUCUUCUUAUUGUUUUUUUGACUCAAGGGUAGCUGAGGAGGCCAACACGAUGUCCAUUAUCUCUUUAGAACGUUUUUACAAUCGAAGACAUCUGAACCAUUGAAUGAUCUGAUGCUA